CUCGGCUUCAUUCACCAACCAUGGGAAUCAGCAGGGAUAGUCGUCACAAGCACAGAGCUACCGGAGGUGUCCGUGCCAUCCAUCAGAAGAAGCGUCAGUUCGAGCUCGGCCGCCCCGCUGCUAUGACCAAGCUUGGCAACAGGCGUGUCCGCGUUGUCAGGUGUCGCGGUGGCAACCUCAAGUUCCGUGCCCUCCGUUUGGAUACCGGUAACUACUCUUGGGGUUCCGAAGGUGUCUCUCGUAAGACUCGUAUCUUGAACACUGUCUACAACGCUUCCAACAACGAGUUGGUCCGUACUAACACCUUGGUCAAGAACACCAUCGUCCAGAUUGAUGCCGCCCCCUUCAAGCAGUGGUACGAGCAGCACUUCGGCAUCGAGCUCAGCAAGAAGGGUGCUGCGGAGGUUGAUACUACCGGCAAGUCCAAUUCCGUCGUUGCCAAGCUGAAGGCUCGUCGUGCCGAUCGCUACCUCGACCCCGCUGUUGAGGAGCAGUUCGCCGCUGGCCGUCUUCUGGCUUGCAUCUCGAGUCGCCCUGGUCAGUCCGGCCGUGCCGAUGGUUACAUCCUUGAGGGUGAGGAGCUUGCCUUCUACAUGAGGAAGCUCGAGAAGAAGAGCAAGAAGUAAUCCCCCCUAUGUACCGCUCUGGUGUCCCCCAAUUUGGCGAAUAUCCUCAAAAGCCGUUCCGGUGGAUGAA